AUGUGGUGGAUUUUCCGGCUGCUCUUCAGCACCUGGUUUUUAUUAAGCGUCGUGCUUUCUAUACCCAUCGCAUUUGAUGUCGGAGGCCGCGAUGCCGGCCUGGCCUACAGCCUGGCCCUCUUUCUAUACUACUUCGUCUACUCGUCUAUAAAGAUCGUGUUCAAGAUAGCGACACCCCCGGAGGCGCGUCCCCUACGCCUAGCCGUCUCGGGCGUACUUCGGAUGUCGCAAUGGUUUGUCCUGCCAGGCCUGCUUAUCUGGUCAUUGAGUCGCUUCUCUGUCGAUGCGGGAGGAACCGACUGGGUCGCAAAAACGGUUGCCCAUGUUACCGGCUCGAAUGGCGCUGCCACUGGCACAGGGCCGGACGGCCACAGCUUUGUGGGCUAUGGCGAAGGCGCUCUCUUUAGCAGUAGGCCCGCGGGCACCAGCUUCUACGACUGGGUGCUCGGCCACGGCGGAGUGGUGGAGUCUGUUGCUCUCGGCCUCUGGGAAAAGUCACUGCGCUACUCUAGCCCCGUAUUUCAACUGCUCGAAGGCUUCUGCAGUCUACUGGUCAUCCAGGCGGCAGGUCAGAUCACACGGUGGCUUGUCAAUCGUGGAAGGAGUGACACCUACGUGAUAAUACUUCUUGCUUUUUCGGGGUCGAUCAUUGCUAGCGCAGCACACUUCCUCUGGCGGGUAGUACGGUUCCCCCAGAUCGACAACAUCGAUGCUACGUUGAUCGGGGUGACCAUCACAUCUGCCGUCUUCCUCUCUGCAUACGGCAUCGGCAGCGGUCGCGGAAAUCCCGUGGAGUCAUCCCUGCUCUUUGCCUACAUUGUCUUGUGCGUGUAUCAGAUCUUUACCGACUAUCUGCCGUCAUCGCCAGAGGCUGCAGCCCGUGCGGCAGCAGCGGCGCAGCAGCUGCCCACGCAGCCCGAGUUCCCACCCUUUCCCCCGAUCAUCAUGGCCUCAUAUUCGACCCUAGUGUAUCUGCUGAGCACACUGCCGAAUGCGGUCAACUCCGCCCUCACCUUUUUCUAUGCCGCCUUUCAGACGAUUACACCGUCUGUCUUGGUGUCACUCACCUACCGCAUCAUCGUCUUUUACUGUGCCACUCGCAUUAUCCCGUCUGUACAGGAGUCGGGUGCGCGAGCACUCUCAAAGGAGCCAACACUGGAAGACUCAGAUGCUGCAAGCAAGCUUCUUGGCUUCUUAUCGUGGUUCUCGGCGUCCAUACUCAUCGCAGUAUACACAAGCUUGCUGCUACAACACUUCCCCGUGUCUAAUAUGGGGCAAGAAGCCGGCUGGACACUCAGUGGUGGCAAUGCUGGGGGCACAAGCUGGCGGUGGAUCAACGCCGUGGGCGUCAUGGUUCUCUACGCCUUUGAAAUGUACCUGGGCGGCGAUGAUGAAAGCAGCCUGACGAAUCACUGGAAGAUGGACUAG